AUGUCUCUCACUCUGCGACUCCAGCUUGGCAACGGUGAGCCCAGUGCUCAGCGAGACCUCACCUCGCGCCUCCUCGAUCUGCCAGUGGAGCUGGUAAUUGCCAUCGCUGCCCAGGUUCCUCGGCCCGACCAGAUCCUGGCCUCGCAGACCUGCCGCGCACUGCGAAACAUUCUCUGCGACAGCGUGCUCUCAGGAGACGACCAUCUCCCGGUGAACCUCUCCAUGGAAGAACGAACUGAGUUCCUCCUCCACUUAUCCCGCGGAAGCCCCUGCCAAUGGGUCUGCGAGGAGUGCACGGAGCUGCACUGGGCCUACAUGCACGACACGCCCGCCAAGCCCCUGUCUGAGGGCUACCUCCCCUGCUUCUUCCCCGGUUAUGGUCAGCGACAAGACCUCAACCUCCACUCCAUCUAUGGCUUCAAGCUGAACCAUAGACAUGUUCAGCUGGCGUUGAAGCACACGCGUCUCGCCGCCACCGAGGCUCUGGACACGACAUACCUCCAGAAACUCCUCCAGCCGUACCAAAAGCGGAUUCGCUCGCGCUACACCCGCAAGCACCUCGUCGACGCCGACUUUUCGGCACAUCCCAAAGUCGUCGACGGCAGAUUCCUCGUCAAGACGACCUUUGACUUCCGCGAGGGCUACGACAAGGUCUGCAGGGAGUACCUUGGCACCGUCGCUCUCUGCGGUCAUCAAAUCAUCCAAGCCAGCGAUGUCCUCAACUGGCGAGGGCAGCUGUCCGACUCCCACAACGACCUCCACCCGCUGUACGCCCUCCUGAUCACCGUCAGGGCAGCCUUCCAGUCGCCGGGCAGGGAGUUUUGUGGCCGGUGCGAGUUCUGCGGCACCGACUUCUCCGUCAAGGCCACGCCGGAGCGAGUCACGGUGCGCGCCUGGAAGGACUUUGGCCCAGAGGGAACGACAUAUGAUCCCUACUGGCGCUCGCACUUGAGCAGGGUGUUCAGCACAAGAACCGCCUGCCGCAUGGACGGAAGCAUCAGGGAGCUCUAUGGCGAGGAUAAAGGCCAGGCUAUACGGGCAACGGGUGCCGAUUAUGUGCCUGGUUCCUGGAUUUGGGUGGACGGAAUCCCCCCAUUUGGCGUCAGUCGUCGGUUGGAGUUGGACUAA